CAAGGAGCCUAUGCUGCUAAGGGUGAUGUCUUAACCUUUCUGGACUCACAUUGUGAAGCUACACCUGGUUGGGCAGAACCACUUCUCGGACGAAUUGCAGAGAAAAGGUCAAAUGUGGUUUGUCCAGCUAUAGAGGUGAUUAAUGCUGACACGUUUGCCUAUCAAGGAUCCACUAAUGCAGAUCAAAGAGGUGGUUUUAGUUGGGAUUUGUUCUUCAGAUGGAAAGGAAUCCCUCCUGAAGAACAGAAACUUCGUAAAGACGACUCUGAUCCAAUCAGGACACCAACAAUGGCAGGAGGAUUGUUUUCAAUCCAUCGUCAGUACUUCUUUGAUAUUGGUACUUAUGAUGAAGAAAUGGACAUAUGGGGUGGAGAGAAUCUCGAACUGUCAUUCAGGGUUUGGAUGUGCGGAGGGCGCCUAGAAAUUGUCACGUGCUCAAGAGUUGGUCACGUGUUUCGGAAAUACACAAGCCCAUAUAAGUUCCCAGAUGGAGUCGAAAGAACUCUUACAAAAAAUUUCAACCGUUUAGCUGAGGUUUGGAUGGAUGAAUACAAGGAGCUGUACUACAACAAAAAGCCUCAGGCGAAGAAUAGUGAUUAUGGGGACAUCAGCAAGAGGGUGGCUCUCAGAAAAAGGCUGAAUUGUCAUUCUUUUAAGUGGUACAUCGACAAUGUUUAUCCUGAUGUACAAAUGCCUGAACUCAAUCCACCGGCCAGAGGAGAGGUGCGGAACCCUUCAAGUGGAUACUGUUUGGAUUCACUCGGAGCAAAGCCCGAACAUAACGCGCGUGUUGGGAUCUAUGUUUGUCAUGGACAAGCAGGGAACCAGAUGUUUGUCUUGUCAUCAAAAGGAGAGAUUAUCUUUGAGGAAGAGAAUUGUUUAGAUGUCUCCAAGACGUACGCUGGGGCUCCAGUUGAAAUGAUGAAAUGUCAUGGACUUGGUGGUAAUCAAAAAUGGGACCAUUCAAAAGCUCACGGAAUACUAAAACACAUCAGUACACAGCAAUGCUUGGACAAAGGAUCRCCKGGAAACCAGUACGCUAUUAUGAAUCCAUGUGAUGGUCGUGAAUCUCAACGAUGGGUAUUCUCUCACUAUAAAGAUAAAUAAUUUUUUAUUGAAUUCAAAUUAGGAUUAUUGAAUUAGGUCGCUCUUGUUAGCAACGUAGGAAAUAACGGUAAUAGAAAACAUUGCAUUGUUAAAUCAUAUUAUACAAGUACUAAAACUUCCAUCUUUGAUUGAUAUAUGUAGUUUUUCUGAGAUAUUUUAGGCUGGGACUGAUGAAUAAAACAUCAGAAUAUACAGGAUUGGUGUCCACAAUUUUAACAACAAGAAGUAUUGUCUUGAAUACGCAUUCAUUGUACAAAACAAAACAACAUCAUCUUCCUGCACUUUUUGGCUGUAUUGAAAUGACUGUAUUUGCUCAGAUUAUAUUUUUCUUCUGAAUGUUUCUCGGUGUUUUCUAAACCAAUCAAAUUAAGUAGAUAGCUAUUAUUGAACAUAUAAUAUUGUUAAAAUACUGUCAUGCACGUAUAAGUAAUUGUAUUUUCAUAUUUCACUUGGUACAGUUUCGUUCCUUGUAACCCCAUUUCGUACUGCGUCAUAUUUCACCAAGCAUGCGCAGUGCGAAGUGGGACCCGACCGUCCGCAUUUUCAAAAUGGCGGAGGGAGAGGUCCUGGGACCGAGGCUAGUACAUGUGCAUUAGAGUGAAGAUUCAAAACCCUUGAAUCAGAAACGAAUAUUCUGAAACCGAUGUAGGGUUUGUUUCUUCUCUUUAUUGUCAUAAAAUGACCAGCCAGCAAUAGGUCAAUAUAUUUUUACAAAAACUUAGUGAUUGAUAAUAAAUGUUUCUAGGCUUUUUGAAUGUGAUUUAUUCAAAUAAACGUCAUUAAAAAAAG